UCGUUUUCGUAUAAAAAUGUCUUCAUAAAAUGAAAACUGCUUAAAUAAUUUUCUCAUUAAUAUGUUAAUGUAAAAACGUUUUCUAAUUUUUUUCCAUAAUUAAUUAAUAUUUGAUUUGAAUUUAAAAGUUUGCAAAAGCGAAUGCAACUGUAGUUGUGUAACAGAAAAUAUAAUGACGAUCUAUUAAUGAAAAAUAAUUUAACAAAUAUUAAAAUAAUAUAGUAAUAAUUAAUAUGACAGCAAUGACGGAUAUAUUGAUUGUUACUACCACUGAUUCCGGUGGAAACACGAGACAGCAACAAAUUCAAAUACCAAGGACAAUAAAUGCUACCACCGCUCGCGCUAUUGUAGUUAAUAAUGGAGUUAUGACAGCUGAAAAUACUUCUCCAGAAAUUGUUGUGCAGGCUGCUCAGGCAGCACAAGUAGUACAAGCAGCACAUGUUGUACAGAGUGUACAGGCCCAAGCUGUUCAGGCGGCAGCUCAAGCAGUUCAAGCAGCACAAGUGGUGCAGGUUGCUCAAGCACAGGCAGUACAGACUGGGCAAAUAACACAGGCUGUUCACGCUGUUCAAACAAAUGUUCAAACUACUCAAGCCACCAUAACUCCCAUUAGGCCAGGUAGAUCAUCAACUAUAGGAACUUUAGAUAAACCAUUUCAAUGUAAUGUUUGUGAACGUAAAUUCCGGCAGCUGUCCACAUUAACAAAUCAUGUUAAAAUUCAUACUGGUGAAAAGCCAUAUAAAUGUAACGUCUGUGAAAAGUAUUUUAGACAGUCUUCAACUUUAACAAAUCACUUAAAGAUUCAUACUGGAGAGAAACCAUUUAAUUGUAGCUAUUGUGUUAAACAAUUUCGUCAACUUAGCACAUUAACAAACCACCUUAAAAUUCAUACUGGAGAGAAACCAUUUGAAUGUGUUGUUUGCAAAAAACAAUUUCGCCAAAGUUCAACAUUGAACAAUCAUAUAAAAAUUCACGUUAUGGAUAAGCUUUAUAUUCCACCUUUUGAAAUAAAAGAAGAAGAAGAGGAAGGCUGAGAGUGUAGCGGGAAGUCCAUAACUUUAGUAAUUGGAUGAAAAAUAUGGUGAGGGCAUAUUUGAAAAUAGAAAACAAAUGAAAGAAAAAAAAAAAAUAUUUUUUGGUGAUCAACGAAAAUAUUGUUAAAAAUUUAUACAAAAAGCCCCCAACUGUACGGAAUUUGGACUUCAUUUAUACCUACAAAGAUAAAUUAAAACAUAUACUAAGAUUUUUAAAAACAAUUGUGAAAAAUUAGAUUUUUUUUUUAUCCUUACUCUUAAGUUUAGUAUUCUUUAGUGAGAUUUUUUAUUUUUGAAUUCCUAGUAAAACACAAAACUAUGUAAAAGUAACAAGAAAAAAAUCAAUCUGCUUUAGAUUAAGUUUAUUUUUUUCUUUAAUUUUUAUUUUCUAACUAUUUCAUUUAAGAAUUAUAAUGUUAACUAAAAAUAUCUCAAAAAAAUUAUAAUUAUUUGAUUUCUAAAUGUAUAUAUAUAUAUUAAAAGAAAAAAAAAUGGUUCUCAUUCUCUUAAUUUAAAAUUUU